AUGGCAACUAGAAAGAAAUAUACAGUUUUGAAUAUGCAACAACGCUUGGACGUUUUAAAAGAUCUGCAAGAUACGGGACUCACAGUAUCGGAAAUUGGAAAAAAGUAUGGUGUCGACGCCAAAACAAUUCGUCGAAUUAAGAAGAAUAGAAUACAAAUUAGUAGUUUUGCAGAUAAAACUAAGCGUGAAAGACAGCGACGGAAAUUAAUAGAUCCGGUAUACGAUGAAUUGGACAAAUGCCUUUUAGCAUGGUUUAUUGAACGGAGGACCAUUGGCGAUCGUUUAACGGACGCGUUGCUAUUGGAGAAAGCCAGUGAUUUAAAAGAAAAUUUGCCAUCAUGUUCGCGUUUCGAACUAAGCCGUGGAUGGCUAUCGAAAUUCAAAAAACGUCAUGGCAUACAUUUGGUACGCUUGUAUGGAGAGAAGGCGAGUGCUGACAAAGAUGGAGCAACAACAUUUAUAAACAAUUUUAAACAACUAAUGAACGAUGACGAUAUAAAUUUGGAGAACGUAUACAACAUGGACGAAAGUGCAUUGGUAUAG